AACGGGAUAAAAUUCAAAAGAAAAAAAGAACUGUAAUGUACAGUACAGUCUGAACCUCCUCGGAAUCGAUCUGCCCCAGUAUUGAUAUCCUUACUUCAUUGAAACUCGCGAUAAAAGUAGGUGAUAAAAUGAGUGUGAUCGAUCUAUUGACUCGCGUGGAUGCGAUCUGCAAGAAGUACGAUAAAUACGACAUCGAGAAACAGAAGGAUUCCAACAUAUCUGGGGAUGACGCCUUCGCCCGCCUCUAUGCAGCUGUUGAUUCCGACAUUGAGGAGGCACUUCAGAAAGCGGAGACGGCUUCCAGAGAAAGUAAUCGGGCAUCUGCUGUUGCCAUCAAUGCAGAGAUUCGUAGAACCAAGCCAGAUUGCUUGAAGAGGUCCCCAAAUUGCAGAGGCUGGCCGUUAAGAAGGUUAAAGGACUUUCAGCGGAAGAACUUGCUGUGCGUAAUGAUAUGGUACUUGCAUUACCUGAUAGGAUUCAAGCCAUACCAGAUGGUGCUGCAGCUGCGCCCAAACAAUCUGGGGGCUGGGGAUCUUCAGCUCCUCGUACAGAAAUCAAAUUUGAUUCAGAUGGACGGCUUGACAGUGAGUACUUUCAGCAAACUGAACGGUCAAGUCAAUUCAGGCAAGAGUAUGAAAUGCGGAAAAUGAAACAGGACCAAGGAUUGGACAUGAUAACAGAAGGUUUAGAUACUCUAAAAAACAUGGCAAACGACAUGAAUGAGGAAUUGGAUAGGCAAGUUCCUCUUAUGGAUGAGAUUGACACCAAGGUGGACAAGGCAACAUCUGACCUGAAGAAUACCAAUGUCCGACUGAAGGACACUGUUAAUCAGCUGAGAUCCAGUCGAAAUUUCUGUAUUGACAUAAUAUUGCUGUGUAUAAUUCUGGGAAUUGCAGCCUAUUUGUACAAUGCGUUGAAGAAGUAGAAGUGGUUGAAAGACUGCUUGGUGUCUGUCUCGAGACUUUGCUAUUAUUUCACUGAUUUGAGUUGUUGCUAUAUGGUUCUUUGUACAAUUUGUUUGAUUUUCAUGUUGGCAAAACUUGUUUAAAAUUCUGCUUCUAUUUGAAGUAGUUUUUGGUAAUUUGACCCAUUUUUCCUAUUAAUAUUAGUCUAACAAUGUGCCAUGUUAGGCUGGAAUUUUUUUCA